GUUGUUAGUCAUAGGAGCCACAAUGGCGAUUGUAGUCUCCUUCAGAUAGGGCUGUGGAUGAUACUAAAUCCACUAGCAUCGCCCUAAAUAUAGGCCUGGUUGAUUUCCAGAGCCAUUAAUAAUAAACUGGAACAUCUACUACACACGAAAAUACUAUGAUUUCUGAUCAAUAUUGAAUCUAUAGGGGAUAAAAUUUACAUUAAAGGGAACAUGUAAACAGCACCAACCGGGUCAAGUUUUCAUUUUGUUGGAGAAACGAGCGUCUUUUACUCAAGGCGUUUGCUUGUUUCUGAAAGCUCAGACCGUUAUUCUGUGGAAUAAAAAUACGUUUUCUUAACUUGGCAUCGGACAAGGACAGCUUUCACAAAGGGACUUUUUCUUUUUUAGGAGUCCGCUCGCUAGCUGUCGAGCAAUAGCUAGCUGUGCUAGCUACGUUGAGGCGGAGGCGAUCCACAGUGCUCCUAUGUUUGGUUUGGACCUUCUUCAUUCACUGACUGACUCAGAGUUCAAACUUUGCUGCAUAGUAAAACCACCUUGGAUUUUUUUUUCUUGUUUUGGCACUACUCUUGGUGAGCGAAUGGAAUGAAUUGGCGCCGAGGAGGACUGGACGUGAGCGGCCUUGAGUGUUCAUUUUGUGCUUAUGUUUUUUCUGUUUCUGCUUUGCAACAUUUGUUUCGACAGUUGAAGUAGCCGUUGUUUUCUUGUGGAUGAAUCUCUCGGAACACGGAAGCCGGCGUGAGGUAUGCCAGGGUCGGACCGACACCAUGGGACCAAGAGGAAGACGGAUCCGAGCGGCGGCGUGCCACAUCAGACCCAAGGCCCGGCUCAUACCUCUGAGGGAAACAUGACGAGCAAAGACAGUUUUGCCCCCGGUAAUACGGCGCCUCCUGGUGUCAACACGGUGAAACCUCUGGUGGAGUACGACGACAUCAGCUCCGAGUCGGACACUUUUUCGGACCCCCCUUCCUCCAGGCCUUCUGAGAGGGGGGGUGGGGACCGACUGGAUCCCUCGCCUUCACCCGAACACGACGGAGACGAUAUCAGCAGAGAGCCUGAGAGAGAGAACAAGAGUCAAAGACUCUCCCGGAAAAAGCCUAAGGACCCUAAUAAAGUUAGAGACUCUGGGAAUGGGGAGCAUGGGUACAAAAAAAAGAGCAGCAAAGAUCGUGAAAAGGGCAACACUGGGAAAGUCAAGGAGAAAACUGCUUCCUCAGGCUCCUCGACCAAACGCCAGCUCCAACCAGAGGGUAACACCAAGCGUGGAGAGUCAGCGCUCUCUGUACAGACUGCAGCCAGUGUAGGUAGCACUACAUCAUCUACAUCUUCAUCUCGCAGUAAGGAGAGCAGUCGCUCAGGGAAGUCUCAUAAAGAGAGGCAACAGCGAAGAGAAGGCCGAGGAGAUGGAAACCGUGGCUCUUCCCAUAGGAGCCGGACAGACCGGACUCACCGCAAGUCCGCCAAGAGCCACAAGUCAAGCCCUAAGGGCAAGUCGUCAAGCAGGGGAAGCCCUCGCAGAAAGGGCGCUAGCUCUGCUGUAUCAUCGAGUCCCAGAAGAGGCAGUGAGAGUCCAUUGGGUAGUAACUAUGGACAGCAGGGGGAUGACGGCUACUCCAGGCGGAGGUUAGCUCAGAAGAGCCCAAGUCCUUAUGGGGAUUUGUCUCGCCGCAGCAGGCAAAGGUCGGACAGUCCAUAUGGCAGCAGGCACAGGUCCUCAAGCUUUGAGAGGGACAGCAGCCCUUAUUUGAGGAGGCGCUCCAUCAGCCCCUAUGUUAACCGCAGGUCCUCCAGCACCAGCCCCGUGUCUCGACGCUCGGGCCGUUCCAGAAGCCGCUCCCCACUGCCCUACUCUUCUGGUCGCUCCUCUUCUCGUUCACGCAACAAGAGGCAUACUUCUUCAGUUUUAGGAGGUGGCGGCUCCCACAGUAGUCGUCCAGCUAGCCGCUCCCCUCCUUCCUCCCGCUUGCCCCUCACCUCCAGUUUGGGUGCAGAGCUUACCCGCAAAAAAAAAGAGCGCCUAGCUGCUGAGGCGGCUGCUCGCACCAACGCCAGUGGUACUGCUUCCCCUCUUCCAUCCACUCAAAAACCUGCAAGUUCCACAUCCUCACGAUCUGCUAAAACUGAGCCGCCACAGAUAGAAAGAGACUCUGUUGCAAAGGUAGAAGCCCAGGCAACUGCACAAAUAGCCUCUGAUACUCCCAAGAGUGAAGAUCAAGUUACAGCACCUUUACCCUCCUCCCCUACCUAUUCCCCUGCUCCUCCUCCUCCCGAGCCCUCUCCUCCUGUGCCCCCCUGUCCCAUCACACAGGUGCCACCCCCACCACCGCCUCCUCCUCAGCUGGAAGCAGUUAAUCAGUCCACCACACAUCACAUGUCCCAGACAAAAUCACCCGGGUAUGUUCCUACGCGCAGUCCUGUUCGUCAGACACCACUCCACAAGACAUCAACUCUCCCCCCCCUGCCUUUACCACCUAUGCUGCUGGGAAAUGCUCAGGACAGUCCAAAGAAAUCCACCCCUCCCCAGAGGCCAUCAAGAAAGGAGAAGAUGGUUAGCAGCCGGCCUUCUCUUAUUGAUCUUCCUCUACCGCCCACUUUGCCUGGAGCUGACUUGUCGCCCCCUCAGUCGCCUGUCCGGCAGCCGCCUCCUGUACCCCAACUGCCCCUCAAGAAGAGACCAAAGAUUUGUUGCCCACGAUAUGGUGAGAGAAAACAUAACCUGAGUGACUGGGGCAAACGCUGUGUAGACAAAUUUGAUAUAAUUGGGAUCAUAGGCGAAGGCACAUAUGGCCAAGUGUACAAGGCAAAGGACAAAGAUACAGGGGAACUUGUUGCUUUGAAGAAAGUGCGUUUGGACAAUGAGAAAGAGGGUUUCCCCAUCACUGCCAUCAGAGAGAUAAAGAUUUUGAGGCAGCUCAAACAUCGUAGCGUUGUCAACAUGAAGGAAAUCGUUACCGACAAGCAGGAUGCACUUGACUUUAAAAAGGAUAAAGGUGCAUUUUACUUAGUAUUUGAGUACAUGGAUCAUGACCUGAUGGGCCUUCUUGAGUCGGGCCUAGUCCAGUUCUCCCACGAACACAUCCGCAGCUUCAUGCGUCAGCUUAUGGAAGGUCUGGACUACUGCCAUAAGAACAACUUCCUGCACAGGGACAUCAAAUGCUCCAACAUACUGCUCAACAACAGAGGUCAGAUCAAGCUGGCAGAUUUUGGUUUGGCUCGACUUUACAAUUCUGAGGAAAGUCGACCGUAUACUAAUAAAGUAAUCACACUAUGGUACCGUCCCCCUGAACUACUGCUUGGGGAGGAGAGGUAUUCCCCAGCCAUUGACGUUUGGAGCUGUGGGUGUAUUCUUGGAGAGCUCUUCACUAAAAAACCCAUCUUCCAGGCAAAUCAGGAACUUCUACAACUGGAGCUCAUCAGCCGUCUGUGUGGAAGUCCUUGUCCUGCAGUGUGGCCUGAUGUCAUUAAACUUCCACUCUUCAACACCAUGAAACCUAAGAAGCAGUACAGGCGGCGGCUACGAGAGGAGUUUGCCUUUUUGCCUACUUCUGCUCUGGACCUGCUGGAUCGAAUGUUGACCCUUGACCCUUCACGUCGCUGCACAUCAGAGCAAGCUCUUCUCAGUGACUUUCUUACUGAUGUAGAUCCCGGCAGGAUGUCGCCACCAGAUCUUCCUCAUCAUCAGGACUGUCAUGAGCUAUGGAUUAAAAAGAAGAGACGUGCGCGUCAGAGUGGGUUGUCUGAGGAUGUGCCUGUGCCCAAAGUGCCCCGUAAAGAUAUCGCUGGGUCCUCCAGCGGAGAAAACAGCCAACCCCACAGCAGCCCGCCUGGAGCGCUGCCCGCUCCCCCAGGAAAGCCGCCCUCCACAGCCAAAUUAGAGACUGAGCUGUCAGGUCUGGGAGCAGCUGCAGAGCAACUGAAUCAAACAGAGCUGGCUGUGCUGCUUAACCUCCUCCAGGGACAGACUGACCUCAAGCUGCCCCAAGUGGCCCAGCUCCUUAACCUCUCUGACUCAGAAACUGUCAGCCAGUUGUUAUCAACUAUUAAUGAGGCCUCUGCCCACCAGGGGGCUCCAGAGGACCAGACUCAGCCUCCUGCUAUGCCCCAGCCACCAGAGCCGCCUCCUGAACCCCAGGAGGCCUCACCCACAUCUGGAGAAGCUCCUCUCAGCCAGGAAGACCAGGCCAGCCUGCUGGCCCUCAUUCUGGGCCAAAUCAUAAAACCUGAAACCGAGGAGCAAAGCGACGAAAGCAAUGGCGUUAAGUCAGAGGAGGCGAUCACGCGUGGUUCGUCCGCUUCGACUACUGAUUCCAAGGAUGGUGCUGUGUCAAAAAGGAAACAAGUUUUGGCCAACCAGUUGCCUCCAAGCGGUGAACUGCGCCCCCCCUCCCCACCGGGGUCACCUCCACCAGCUCCUCUCCUGGUGAACUCCCAACAAGCUGAGUCAGAAGCCCAGCCUAACAACCAGGACAUCAGCCCUGCUGUGGCUGCUGCCUUGCUCCAGCUCAUCUCUCAGCCGGACCUGGAGGCUGUGGCCUCCAAGCAAAGCAAAGACCCAUCCCCGGCUGUGGAUGCCGCAGGCUGUGAAGAGCUUCCCCCACCCUGGGUUGCAGACUCUCCCAUUAAACCUUCCGCCCCUGCUGAGUCGCCAGCAGCGGCGGGUACUGCUGCUCCCACCACUUCAUCUCAGUUCCCAAAGGACCAGGACCUGCGGUUUUCCCAAGGAGCAGCCCGCUGAACCUGAAUCCACUGGUGACCUUAAUGUUGGGUAUCCUGGGACAGUUCCAGCAGUCCUGGCCUGAAGGGAAAGACUGAUGGGGGAUAAAGCCACAGAAAGUGACUCACUGGACCAACAGCAGGUAGUGAAAGUCAAAUCAAAGAUUAUGAAAGUGAAUGUUUAAUGAAAGAGAUUUAGGGUUUUUUUCAGGUAAUAUGAUGAACUUUUUUUGCCUAAUGGAGCAAGUUGUUCUGUUCCUUUGGUGGGACGGUUUGGACACGGGGUCAGUCUGUCCAGAAAUAGUUCAGGUUGCAACACACGCCGCCUCCAAAUCUUUGCUCAUUUCUCCACACCGAAGAGGCUGGACUCCUAAACUGAGUGCUUUGCAACUGAAGCUUAAUGCUGAGUACUAUGAGGUCAUUUCGCCCCCUCUAAAUGAUUUUCAGUUUCACUCCAGUGGCCCCUUUCAGUGCGAUUAUCAGUGUUACGGAGAAAAGGCGUUUUUCAGUUUAUUCUUCAUGCUAGCUCCCCCUGUUUUCAGCCUGUUACCGUUGUGACACCAGCAGCCCUUUCCCGAAUGAUCUCGGUCAUGUGGGAGAAUGUGGCUUCAGAUCCACUUUGAGUGACGACUGUGUUCCUUUUUCAAAGCUUUUGUUUUGAUUUAGACCCAAAAACAGCCUGGUAUGUACUGUCCUACCUGAAUUUUGACCCUCCUACAUGCAGCGAUGGUUUUUGUUGUUAACAAGUCUCUAGAUCUCGUGUUUCUCUCUCAAAAAUGAAUUAUAUCAAAUCAUUGAAAAUGACAGCUUUGCACAUGCUAUAUUCUGCUAGUUAAAGUUAAAAGAAAAGCGCACACAGAUUUACCUGGAUUUUCCUGGUGGGCCCUAAACACUUCACCUGCCUGAAAACCUUUGCAACAAGUUGUUUUCCACCUUAUUUUCUUUGUUUUGCCGAGAUUCUUUUCUACAUGAAUAAAGUGAUAAAAUGCUCAGUGACGGUCAGCCAUUCUGUUUCCGUUUUUUGCUUUAGAAAAAUAAAGGGAGAACUAACGUCUGUAAAAUCAAGACAGAAAGAAAACAAAGACAAAUCUCUGUUUUUUUUGGGGUGUGGGCAGUUUAUUAAAUGAGGUUAUGCCACAAGAUGAACUUUUUUAUCUACAAUUUCUGUAUGUUUCUGUGUGAAGUGACCACUAGAUGGUAGUCCAAACAGGUUUUUUCGUUAAACUUGAGAACUGCAGCUUGGCCAGGUUAAAAGGGUAAUAAACACACUGAUUGUAGGAUACUAGCUAGUGCGCAAUAAAAGAUUACUGGAAUCCUGAAAGACAGCAUUCAGAUAUUUGCCCUUGUUUUUUAUUCGUUUGGCAUUUUAUGUUGCAACACAACUCAAAUUAGAUUGGAUGGAGAUAAUCCAAUCUGAUGUUCAAUUCUUGCCCGAAAUUCUCAUUUAGAUUUAGCUCCGGACUUUGACUGGGCCAUUCCAACACUGAUAUGCUUUGAUUUAUAUCAUUUAAUUUUCUCUCUGGCUUCAUUUUUGUUCUGCUUAAAGUGGAACCUUUGACUCAGGCUCAAGUCUUUCACUGUUUUAAAAAGUUUUUUUUUUUUUUUUUUCAGAUUUGCUUUUUAUUUUACCUCCAUCCAUCUUCUCUGAUCAGACCACAGCAUGAUGCUGCCAGUACAUUUUUAAUGCUAGGGAUGGUGUGUUCAGGGUGGUAUAGAAGCAGAAUAAAAAGUUCAGUUUUGGAAUAACCUCACCAGAGUGUAGUGCACAACUCAUAUUUGUCCUUCCAACAGAUUGUCAUCCCUGAGCUGGAUCCUCUGUGGUUCUUCCAGAGUUACGGUUGGUGUCUUGGCUGCUAAUCUAAUUAAAAUCUUUAAAUUAAGGGUCAGACUAAAGGGUGAUGAGCACAAAUGCAUGCCAUACGUUUCCAAUUUUUAUUUGUAAAAAAAACCAAAAAAACAAAAACAUUGUAAACCAUGUAUCUUUCUCUUCCACUUCAAAAUUGUGCAUAAUGUGUGUUGGUCUAUCACAUAGACCUUAAUUAAACACAUUAAAGUUUGUGGUUGUAACACUCUGCAAGCAGCAACCUGCUCACCGUAUGGGAUUAAAAAUCAUUGUCAGAGAUGCACCAAUCAUGUUUUUCUUGCCCAAUACAGAUUUGUGUUUAUCGUCCACUCUGUUUGGCCUGUUCAGAAAUUUCUUUCUAUAGAGUACAAAAAAUAAAACCUAUUUGUGCGUUUUGUUCAAUUAAAUCCGGCAUAUAUCAUAAAACAUAAAUAUGUCAUUGCAGGUCUUUUUAGAGAAGUGGUUGUUAUGAUUACAACUGAAAAGGGGUUAGAAUAAUAUCCUCGUAUAUGCAUUUAAUCAUAUGUCCCCAACCUUUAUCUGAUUUUUAAUAUUUGGGAAAUGUGUUGUGAGCUCAUACAUUUAUAGACUUAAAUAAAAGUGGGAGUUUUCACUUCUAGCACUUUUAAUAAAAUGAAAAAAAAUUGGACCUUCAGUAUUUGUUGCUGAUCACCGUUCAGGGCCGACUGAUCCAAAGUCCGAUCAGUUGGUUUUGUAUGUAGCAUAGAUGCAUAAACAGCUGAAUUGCAGAUUUUUUAGUCAGCAGACUGAUAAUAUUGCUUCAAACCCAAUCAGCAUUGGAGUAAUUAUAUUCGGACCCAGUCAGACGGAGACAUGAUGUCUCUCGACGAUUGGUACUCCCUGUAUAUCAAUAAUAUUCAUAUUUCGGUUAUUUCCCCACUUGGUUUGAUCUCUCAAUGAUGAUCCCGACAGGCAGCCAGGGAUCAUAAACCUUAGAUGGGCAAACGCAGAAGCUUCCAAGGAUCGUGCAGACUGUGUGUGUGUGUGUGUGUGCUGAAUUGGCUUCACGCACACCCAGACCAGCUCCUCACUUGGCAAGCUUACAGAGCCGCUUACCCCUCUGGCCCAGCGAGCAGCUGAGCCCUCUGGGUGAGAUAUCCAUUCAGAGAGGAGGCAGAGGGAGGCUCACCUGCCCUCUAGCACAGGCUCAGUGUGAAUGAGAUGAGACGGUGAUGCAUUCUGUCUGAUGCCUCUCCCCGUCGGGACUCCAAAUAAUAGUGAAUGUGCCCGCAGGGAGUUUCCACUGGAGGAUGUAGUGGGCAAUGCCACUGCCAAGUCACAAAGACGAGACGAAUAAAUCAGGGCUGAGGAGUGACGAGAGGGAGGCGAGUGAGGCAGUGCCAUUCAUCAGAAAAGCACCUUAUGGGGAAUGCCCAAAAAUGUGCCAAUCUGAAGCUUGUCGUCGCCAUGGCAGGGACAGUCGGCGGCGAUCAAAAUGGAGGCUCCAUUUUGAAUGCUGGCACUUCAGUCAGCUGCUGCAAUUCUGGUAGAUUUCCAGACAAACUGUGAAAUAACCGAAAGUCUGUUUCGGUAUAUUCACGCUAAAUUGAUUGAAUGAAUAUUUGUAUUUUUAUGUCAGAUUGAUCAAAAUUUCUCAGUGCCUCUCAGAUCUGAUGACCAGCAAUAUUAAACACCUGGUUUGGAUCCCAUCUCACAUUUAAAGGAACUUUUAACAGUCCAGACUUAAGAGAAAAUGCAAAUCUUACAGCCAGAUUUCAUCAUAGAGACAUAGAAGCAUUUUUUAAGUUCUCUACAAGCUACAGAAUGUUCCUUUAAUGUCACAUGAGCAUUGUUUGUCUCAAUUUGAUUGUGAUCUGUCAGCAAACUCAGUGUACUGUUCACUGUUGAGUUUAAACUUCCAGUCUAGUUUAUACUUCCCUUGAAUAAGUUUGACAGAAUUUUCAGACUGAAGAUACAACUAAGCAUAACCUCUGAAAUGUUUCAGAAAUUUCUCCAGUUGUCAGAUCUCAUUUCAAGAUUUAAUUUCAACGUAUAAAAUGGUAUCAAUAAAAAGUUCUUAACUGCCUUCUUACAGCGUAUCACAGCAAUGAAAACGUGUGAGUGUGUGCAGUCUGCAGUCGUCUUUGUGAGCAAUUUGACGGUUUGAUGAUCGAGGCUGUUUGAUCAGCUUGUGAACUCAUUGAGGAGAGGCUGGGAACUCCACAGCUCCACAUCCAAGACGAGGCGAAAUGCAACAAAACAGGCAAAUAUCAGUCCAGAACACCAAAUAUUGACAAAUGUAUACAUUAAAAGUAAAGCACAUUU